AUGUUGGCGCGCAGUUUGGGUUACAGGUUGAUAUCGACCAGUCGUAUCUUAUAUAAUAAACCCACGGUUAAGUCAGUGGUGUCGUCGUGUCCUGCGGGAACAUCGCUUAACUUAAACAUAUGGAAGAGCGGUAAAGACGCAGUGGCACUCGAGGACAAGGAGUAUCCAAAUUGGUUAUGGAGCGUAUUGGAUAGUGAUCACGUUGUCGAACAUGCGGCUGAGGACCCAGAGGGACAGGCUCUCUUAAAGAGAAGAAAGAACAUAAGGAAGGCGAACAGGCAGCGAAUCAAGCAAAACAAUUUCUUGAGCCAACUUUAA